AUGGAAAUGGAAUCUUGCGUGCCGCCCGGAUUCAGAUUCCAUCCCACCGAAGAAGAACUCGUCGGCUACUACCUAAAAAGAAAGAUCGAUUCUCUGAAAAUCGAUCUUGAUGUGAUAACUGAUAUUGAUCUCUACAGAAUGGAGCCAUGGGAUAUUGAAACUGGCUUUUGGAAGGCGACCGGUCGGGACAAGGCGAUUGUCUCCAAGGAGAGAAUCAUAGGGAUGAGAAAGACUUUGGUCUUCUACAAAGGCCGAGCACCAAACGGGAGAAAAACCGAUUGGAUCAUGCACGAAUAUCGUCUCCAGACAUCCGGACUCGGACCCCCUCAGGAAGAAGGAUGGGUCGUUUGUCGCGCGUUCAAAAAGCCAAGCCCGAGCCACAAGCAAGGCUUCGAAGCUUGGAAAAACGCUUACUACAUUAGAAACAAUGAUGAUGCCUACAAGCCCCCAUCAUACCCGAGCACCCCGAAUCUCAUGCCUAAUUACGAUCCGGCCCUUGAUCAAGCUGCGAAUUUCCAACCAACCCCAAUAUUUUCCGCUAAAUCUCUCCAAGGCCCGUUCAAGAGCCAAAUAGUCGAGCUACGAAAGCUCGAUAGCCCGAGCUUUGCGACCAAUGAUAGUAGCUUCGAGCAUAGUGUUAUGGCCGAUGAGGAGAUUGAAAAUGAGAAGGGUAGUUUCGGAAAUCAAUUUUACGACGAGUGGAGGAGCUUCGACAAGAUGAUUGCACCACAAGUCGUGGGGUCAUCGUCGCCUUAUGCUUAUCCAAGCGCGCCCUUAGUUUCGAAUGGAGGCGUGAUGGAUGCUCAUAGCCAUUUCAGUUGUGUGCUCGAAUGCUUUCCUUAUGGUUUAUAG